AUGGCUCAAUUGGACAUUACUCCUUCCAACUUCAGUGAACCCAGGACCGGCCAUGGGCUUAGAAACCAAGACCCCAGAGAUUCACAACUGCGACUUGUCUUAGUGGGUAAGACUGGAGCAGGAAAAAGUGCCACAGGGAACAGCAUCCUUGGAAAGGAAGCAUUUCAUUCCAGAAUGGCAGCAAAAUGCAUCACCAAGGUCUGUCAGAAAGGGAGUAGCAUGUGGAAUGGGAGAGAAAUUGUCGUCGUGGACACGCCUGGCAUUUUCGACACUGAGGUACCGGAUGCUGACACACAAAAGGAGAUUGCCAAUUGUGUCCUCCUGACCUCCCCCAGGUCUCACGCUGUGCUCCUGGUGGUCCUGCUGGGCCCGUGCACAAAGGAAGAACAAAAGGCAGUGGAGAAGAUAUUGUCAAUGUUUGGAUCCCAAGCUAAGAGAUACAUGAUUCUCUUAUUCACCCGGAAAGAUGACCUGGAUGGCAUGGAGUUCCAUGAUUACUUAAAGGAAGCUCCAAAAGGCAUUCAAGAUCUGAUGGAGCAUUUCAGGGGUCGUCACUGUGAGUUCAACAAUAAGGCGACAGGGGCUGAGCAGGAGGCUCAGAGGGCCCAGCUGUUAGACCUGGUCCAGCGCAUGGUGAUGCAGAACAAGGGAGGAUGCUACACUGAUGAGAUGUACCAAAAGGUUGAGGAGGAGAUUCAGAAACAGGUUAAAGUGAAACAAGAAAAAUACAAAGCUGACCUGAAGAGAGAGAAAAGGCAAAUAAGAGAGAAAUAUCAAAAACAAAUCAGAAACCUGAAGGAUAAAGUGGAGCAAGAAAAGAGAAAGAGAGAACUGGACAGGGAAUGGGCAGAAAGGGAGAUUUGCCAUCUAAAAAGGCUGCAGGGAGCCAGAAAUGAAGUUGAGAGUCAGAAAGAUACUACUAUACUUGACAUAAUCAAGCGUAUAGCGAUCUCUUUACCUUUUUUCAUUAUUCUAUUCAUGUUUAUUUAA